AUAAUUUCGUAUUUUUUUAAUAAUUUGCUUGGUUUCUUCUUCUUUGCUUCUUAUGCGGAAUCCUUCUCCCUCUCAUGGCUUCACCAGCAAUCCAAAUUUUCUCUCUUUCUGAAGCUUCCCUUCCUCUCAAACGAAGAUUCUCUCUCUAAAAUUUUCUUUCUUGGUUUCUCCAAGAAAAACUUUAUGCAUUGCUGAUCUAUAUCCUGCUCGUAAAGUUUCUCUGGUUGUCUCAAUUUAGCAUCAAUUCUCAACAGCCCCAGUUUUUUAUAUGAGGGUAUAAGUGAAGCAGAUGUAAAGAAAAUGGAUUAAAACUCUUCAGCUAAGUUUAAUGCUUGGUCUCUGGAGUUCACGUGGAGGGUUGCAAAAUGUUGAUAGAUUUCUUGGUGAUUGUGAACCGCUCCUACAAUGACAAGUUGAUUCAUGACUAUGCCAAAUGCUUGAUGCUAGACGUAAGCACCAUACCAUAUCUAGAAGCCAACGACCAAAACUGUGUUGACAGCAUAGACACCUCUUCUUGGAGGCUGUUUAAAUUCCACUGAAAGAUUUUCGAUUAUAAUCUGUUGCAAUUUAAAUAAUGGAAAGAUAUAAAAUUUUGGAGGAGCUUGGUGAUGGCACUUGUGGUAGUGUAUAUAAGGCUCGUGAUUGGAGAACAAAUGAGAUCGUUGCAGUCAAAAAGAUGAAGAGGAAGUUCUUUUUCUGGGAGGAAUACUGGAGAUUACGAGAGAUUAAGGUACUCCGUAAAUUAAAUCACCCCAAUAUCAUAAAGUUGAAGGAGGUUGUCAGGGAAAACAAUGAGGUGUUCCUCAUUUUUGAGUACAUGAACUAUAAUCUAUACCAAAUAAUGAAAGAACAAAGAAGACCCUUUUCAGAGGAUGAGAUUCGUAGCUUUAUGUCUCAAUUGCUGCACGGACUUAAUCACCUCCAUAGAAGUGGAUAUUUUCACCGAGAUCUAAAACCGGAGAAUUUGCUGGUGACAAAUGAUGUUCUUAAAAUUGCCGACUUCGGAUUGGCUAGAGAAGUAUCAUCGGUUCCUCCUUAUACUGAAUAUGUUUCCACUCGCUGGUAUCGAGCACCAGAAGUCCUGUUACAGUCCAAAUUAUACACUCCUGCAGUUGACAUGUGGGCAGCUGGCGCAAUCCUAGCUGAGCUUUUCAAUUUGUCCCCUAUUUUCCCUGGUGAAAGUGAGAUAGACCAAUUGUUCAAGAUAUGCUGUGUGCUUGGUACUCCAGACUUGACUAUCUUCGCUGAUGGGACAAAUGCCUCUCGAUUAUGUGGCAUUAUUAAUUAUGAAAAGAUCUUGCCUGCAAACCUCUCUGAUAUCAUUCCAAGCGCAAGCCCAGAAGCUAUUGAUUUAAUCCAACAACUAUGUUCAUGGGAUCCGUCAAGGAGGCCAGCUGCAGAUGAAUCAUUACAACAUCCCUUUUUCCAUGUUGGCUGGGUUCCUCGUUCACUCCGUGAUCCACUUGACCUGAAGCUAAGUAUCAUGGGAGCAAAGCCAACGCUUGAGUUGAAAUUAUCAGACUUUGGUGCUGAACCUGAGGACUGCUUUCUUGGCUUGACGCUGGCUGUGAAGCCCAGUGUUCCAGAAUUUGAUGUGGUUCAUGAUGUAUCGCAGCAUAUAAAAGAGGAUUCUUUAUUUUGCUCUGGAUUGGAAGAUCAUUCAGGACGAUCUGUUUUUUGGUCUCUAAUGCCUCCUGAUCAAGGUGGAAUCUGUGCCCCAGUAGAGCCUUCCUUUUCUUUAUCAUUCAGUUCAAUUCAACAUCCAUCAGUCAGAGUUCCACAAUCAGCUGGUUUCUCCAUCCCAUCGUUGCAGCCUAACAUCUUAGAUGGUCCAUUGUUGGCCAUGUCUUCUUCCUUCCCACAAAGCCGUUGCCUCUGAAUGAAUUGAGUUAAUAAACUCGUCUCUCACCGAAUAAUGCGAGGCUGUAAUUUAUUACAUCUGUUAAUACAAAGUUUUACUGAGGACACUGUCAUAUAGUCUGUCACUGUACCAUGAACAUGUAGAGUCUAUUAAAAACAUUUCUCUCUGAUUCUUUAAUAUUGAAAAGUCAAUCUUCAAUAUAUUUUCGAAACAUAUGCAUUCCCCUAA